AUGUCAUCAAAUAACAAUGCCACAUCAUCAAUAGCAUCAUCAUCAUCGGCAUUGACACCAUCUAGUAAACCAACAACAACAGUUGUGAAUAAAGCCCUGAUACCCAAUGCUAAUGAUUUACAAUCCAAGUUGGCAAAAUUACAACAAAAUAUUGCACAAAAGUUAAACAAGACUGGUGUUCCUCCAACAUCCACAACUCCAUCCCUACUACCAUCAUCAACUCAACCAUCCUCUACUAGUGUACCACCAUCAUCAUCUUCAUCAACUCCUAGUAAAACUGCACCUACACCAACAACAAUAACGAAGGCUACAAAAAGUCAACCCUCUACUAUUCCACCACCACAAUUAUCUAAAAUUCAAAAACCACAUAAUACUACAGCUCCAGUGAAUGGUCUUGGAAAACAAGUAGCCUCUCAAAUACAAAAAUCCUUAAAAAACACUUCAACUCCAGUAACAAGUAUUAAACCCAAUAGUACUACCACUAAAUCAUCAUCUGCUAAUAAUAAUAUAAUUAAUAGUAAUGCAGUGUUAAAUAACAAUCAAUCAAAUAAUAAUAAUCAAUCAAAUGAUGAUAAUUCCAUUGAAAAACAAAUAUACAUGAUGGAUUAUCAAAGAAAGAAGGAAUCAUCACAAAUUCAACAACAAUAUCAACAAGAAUUAUUAGAACAUGAACAAGCUCAACAAGAACUUGAAAAUUCCAAUAAGAAAAAGAAGAAGAAUUUGAGAACAGUUUUUACAGCAAGUGGAAAGAGUGAAGUUUGGGAAGAUUCAAGAUUGGAUGAAUUUUCAGAGAAUGAUUAUAGAAUUUAUGCUAAUAAUUUAGGAAAUGAAGUAACAGAUCAAAUGUUAACAACUUUCUUUCAAUCCUAUCCAAGUUUUAGUAAAGCCUGUGUGAUUAGAGAUAAAAGAACGAAUAGAUCUAAGGGAUUUGGUUUUAUCAGUUUUUUAGAUUCAAAUGAUUAUAUUCAUGCUUUGGAAAAUUUAAAUGGAAAAUAUUUAGGAAAUAGACCUUUACAAUUAAAACCAUCUAAAUGGAAAGAUAGAAAUGUUAAAUAA